AAGCCACUUCCUUAUUGCUCAUGUGAUUUUCAAUCAACGGGGACGAAUUGGCAUUUGUACAUUUAGCUCAUAUUAUACUACAGAUUCACUUUACCACGACUGAGCGAAACUAUUGUGUCAUUAAUAUAUUCUUAUUAUCAAUAAUAUUAUCGCUAAAUGUACAUUUUGUAGUGCGUUUCAAUGCAACGUUAGCUAAAGUAGUUUCGUGUUGCGUUCACGUGUCGUCAUUGUGGUAUCUUGAUAUAAACACUACAGUCAUGUCCAGCGGGUUCCGCAUCGUGGUGCAGGGCGAGGCCUCGGAGACGGACUCCGAUGACGAGGUCUACAUCACCUCCAUGCCCGCUCCCCAAGUCGGAGCCAAGGUUCCAGGUGAGGCAUCUGAAACCGACAGUGAGGGCGAGGAGGAGCAGACCGACCGAUCCUCGCUGAGCCAGGAGAGAGUCCACAUCCUCAGGAGAGACCUGCCUCCUCUGAUUGUCGUCAGAGACCACCCUGACAUACAGUCCAUAGUGGAAGACCGGCCCAGUCCCACUCACAGACCACAAGGUGACACGCUUCUCCAACAGAAGCUGCAGGAAUCGAACAGCCGGCUGUAUUCCGACAUCGGACAGAUGGUCCGGCAGGUUUACGGCAGCGCCAGCAGAGAGGUUUCCGUGGCAACCGCUCAGCUGAAUGCGUCGCAGAGCGCCAUCAUCAACGCGUCGCACAGCAUCCGGUUGAUCCUGGACGACCUGAAGGCCGUCUCCGAAAAGAUCGACAUCAUCACCAGCUGUCAAAUACUGCCCGAUAUUAACAUCAAUAAUCUAAAGAGUCAUAUUACUCCUGCACCCUAAAUAUAUAUAUUUAUAUUGCAUAUAUAUUCUAUUGCUGUCUUUCACACACUUUGAUUAACAUUUAACAGGAAUUUAUUCACAAUAUCCAUUUUCUUUCUUUGUACAUCUUAAUAUCUGUGGGAUUUGCUCUCAUGCUAUAACAAUUUAUUUCCCUCCUGUGUUCCAAUUGUAACAACUCGAUAAUAUAAAUAUAUUUGGUUGAAACUUGAAUGCUGUUAAAAUGUUUUUUAUGCGUGAACAAUAGCUGCUGUAGAUGGUUUAUUGAAUGAAAGAAAAGGUUAGAUGAUUAAAAUCACUAAAGUAUG